AUGAAUUCUGACUCCAGCUCUGUCUCCAGCAGAGCUUCCUCACCAGACAUGGAUGAGAUGUACCUGAGAGACCACCACCACCAUCAUCACCAUCACCAGGACAGCCGUCUCAACUCCGUCUCUUCCACCCAGAAUGACCUGGUGCAGAAGAUGUCCGGGGAAGGCCUCUCCAGGAACGGCUCCAAGGCCGGAGGGGAAGGCAGCAAGUACAAAAUCAAGAAGCAGCUCUCGGAGCAGGACCUGCAGCAGCUGCGGCUGAAGAUCAACGGCCGCGAGCGUAAGAGGAUGCACGACCUCAACCUCGCCAUGGACGGGCUGCGGGAGGUGAUGCCGUACGCCCACGGACCUUCCGUGAGAAAACUCUCCAAAAUCGCCACCCUUCUGCUAGCCAGAAACUACAUUCUGAUGCUCACCAGCUCCCUGGAGGAGAUGAAGAGGCUGGUUGGGGAAAUCUACGGGGGGCACCACUCGGCAUUUCACUGCGGCACAGUGGGACACUCUGCCGGGCACCCGCCCCACGCAGCAGGCACCGUGCACCAGGUGCACCCCAUCCUCGGCAGUGCCUUGUCCUCCGCCAACACCUCCUCCUCCCUCUCCGCCUCCCUGCCGGCCAUCGGUACCAUCCGGCCCCCCCACUCCCUGCUCAAGACCCCCUCGACCCCUCCCGCCCUGCAGCUUGGCAGCGGCUUCCAGCACUGGGCGGGCUUGCCGUGCCCCUGCACCAUCUGCCAGAUGCCCCCCCCGCCCCACCUCUCGGCCCUCACGGCCUCCAACAUGGCCAGGAUCUCAGGGGAGACCAAGGACCUGCUAAAGUGA